CACACAGACGUGUUUGAUCGCCGUGACAUGACGCGCGCGAGGGAGGAAGCGGCGGCCGCGGCGGCGGCGGCGGACGGGCCCGGGGCGCCGGCCUAGGCUGCAGCGAGCACAGCGGCUCCGUCAGCCCCGCGCCGUCCCCGAGAGUCACUCUGCUGACCAGCAGAGACAGAAGAAGUAGAUGUCCACACCCACAGACCCGGCUGCAAUGCCCCAUCCAGGGCCUUCACCAGGGCCUGGACCUUCCCCUGGACCAAUUCUGGGGCCUAGUCCAGGACCAGGACCAUCCCCAGGUUCCGUGCACAGUAUGAUGGGGCCCAGUCCUGGACCUCCCAGUGUCUCACACCCUUUACCAACAAUGGGCUCUUCGGAAUUCCCUCAGGAAGGCAUGCAUCAACUGCAUAAGCCCAUGGAUGGGAUGCAUGACAAGGGCAUUGUAGAAGAUGUCCACUGUGGAUCCAUGAAGGGCUCCAGCAUGCGCCCACCGCACCCAGGAAUGGGCCCUCCACAGAGCCCGAUGGAUCAGCACAGCCAAGGUUAUAUGUCACCACACCCGUCGCCUUUGGGAGCCCCUGAUCACGUCUCCAGCCCUUUAUCUGGAGGAGGCCCAACCCCACCCCAGAUGCCACCGAGCCAGCCAGGGCCCCUCAUCCCAGCAGAUCUGCAGGCAAUGAACCAGCCCAACAGAGGUCCCUCACCUUUCAGUCCUGUCCAGUUGCAUCAACUUCGGGCUCAGAUUUUAGCUUACAAAAUGUUGGCCAGGGGCCAGCCCCUCCCAGAAACACUGCAGCUUGCAGUCCAGGGGAAAAGGACCUUGCCUGGCAUGCAACAACAGCAACAGCAGCAGCAGCAGCAGCAGCAGCAGCAACAACAACAACAACAGCAACAGCAACAGCAGCAACAGCAGCAGCAGCCCCAGCAGCAGCCCCAGCAGCAGGCUCCACAACCACAGCCCCAGCAGACGCAGGCUGCCCUUGUUAGCUUCAACAGACCAUCUGGCCCUGGGCAGGAGCUGCUGCUGGGUGGUCCCAGCACUCCACAGAAACUGACUACUCCUGCACCCAGUGGCCGGCCCUCACCUGCGCCCCAAGCCACCGCACAGCCCCAGGCCACUGCUGUGCCCGGGCCCUCCGUGCCACAGCCCGUCCCAGGGCAGCCCUCACCCGUCUUGCAGCUGCAGCAGAAGCAGAGCCGCAUCAGCCCCAUCCAGAAACCGCAAGGCCUGGACCCUGUGGAGAUCCUACAGGAGCGCGAGUACAGACUUCAGGCUCGCAUAGCUCAUAGGAUACAAGAACUGGAAAAUCUUCCUGGGUCUUUGCCACCAGAUUUACGAACCAAAGCAACUGUGGAACUAAAAGCACUUCGGUUACUCAAUUUCCAACGUCAGCUGAGACAAGAGGUGGUGGCCUGCAUGCGAAGGGACACCACUCUUGAGACAGCCCUCAACUCCAAAGCGUACAAGCGGAGCAAGCGCCAGACUCUGCGAGAGGCGCGCAUGACAGAGAAGCUGGAGAAGCAGCAGAAGAUUGAGCAGGAGAGGAAGCGGAGGCAGAAACACCAGGAAUACCUGAAUAGCAUUUUGCAACAUGCAAAAGAUUUUAAGGAAUACCAUCGGUCUGUGGCUGGGAAAAUCCAGAAGCUUUCCAAAGCAGUGGCAACUUGGCAUGCCAACACCGAAAGGGAGCAAAAGAAGGAAACGGAGCGGAUUGAGAAGGAGAGAAUGAGGAGGUUGAUGGCUGAAGAUGAAGAGGGCUAUAGGAAACUGAUUGAUCAAAAGAAAGACAGGCGCUUAGCUUACCUUUUGCAACAGACUGAUGAGUAUGUGGCCAAUCUGACCAACCUGGUUUGGGAGCACAAGCAGGCCCAAGCAGCCAAAGAGAAGAAGAAGAGAAGGAGGAGGAAGAAGAAGGCUGAAGAGAAUGCAGAAGGAGGGGAGUCUGCCCUGGGACCAGAUGGAGAGCCAAUAGAUGAGAGCAGCCAGAUGAGUGACCUGCCUGUCAAAGUGACACACACAGAAACUGGCAAAGUUCUCUUUGGACCAGAAGCACCCAAAGCAAGUCAGCUGGAUGCCUGGCUAGAGAUGAAUCCUGGGUAUGAAGUUGCCCCUAGAUCCGACAGUGAAGAGAGUGACUCUGAUUAUGAGGAGGAGGAUGAAGAAGAAGAGUCUGGUAGGCAGGAAACAGAAGAGAAGAUACUGCUGGAUCCCAACAGUGAGGACGUUUCCGAGAAGGAUGCUAAGCAGAUCAUUGAGACUGCCAAACAAGACGUGGAUGACGAGUACAGCAUGCAGUACAGCACUAGAGGGUCUCAGUCCUACUACACAGUGGCUCACGCUAUCUCAGAGAGGGUGGAGAAGCAGUCUGCCCUCCUCAUUAAUGGGACCCUAAAGCAUUACCAGCUCCAGGGCCUGGAAUGGAUGGUUUCCCUGUAUAAUAACAAUUUGAACGGAAUCUUAGCUGAUGAAAUGGGGCUAGGCAAGACCAUCCAGACCAUUGCACUCAUCACCUAUCUGAUGGAGCACAAAAGACUCAAUGGCCCCUAUCUCAUCAUUGUUCCCCUCUCGACUCUAUCUAACUGGACAUACGAAUUUGACAAAUGGGCUCCUUCUGUGGUGAAAAUUUCCAUUCAGGGGACUCCUGCUAUGCGCCGGUCCCUUGUCCCCCAGCUCCGCAGUGGCAAAUUCAAUGUCCUCCUGACUACUUAUGAGUACAUUAUAAAAGAUAAGCACAUUCUAGCAAAGAUUCGGUGGAAAUACAUGAUAGUGGAUGAAGGGCACCGAAUGAAGAAUCACCACUGCAAGUUGACUCAGGUCUUGAACACACACUAUGUGGCCCCUAGAAGAAUCCUCUUGACGGGGACCCCACUACAGAACAAGCUCCCUGAACUCUGGGCCCUGCUCAACUUUCUCCUCCCCACAAUUUUUAAGAGCUGCAGCACAUUCGAGCAGUGGUUUAAUGCGCCAUUUGCCAUGACUGGCGAAAGGGUGGACUUAAAUGAAGAGGAAACCAUACUGAUCAUCAGGCGUCUACAUAAGGUCUUGAGACCAUUUCUCCUGAGGAGACUGAAGAAAGAAGUUGAAUCUCAGCUUCCAGAGAAAGUUGAGUACGUGAUCAAGUGCGACAUGUCAGCUCUGCAGAAGAUUCUGUAUCGUCAUAUGCAAGCCAAGGGGAUCCUCCUCACAGAUGGUUCUGAGAAAGAUAAGAAGGGGAAAGGAGGUGCGAAGACACUUAUGAACACUAUCAUGCAGCUGAGAAAAAUCUGCAACCACCCAUAUAUGUUUCAGCACAUUGAGGAAUCCUUUGCUGAACACCUGGGCUAUUCAAAUGGGGUCAUCAAUGGGGCUGAGCUGUAUAGGGCCUCGGGAAAGUUUGAGCUACUUGAUCGUAUUUUGCCCAAACUGAGAGCCACCAACCACCGUGUGCUGCUUUUCUGCCAGAUGACAUCUCUCAUGACCAUCAUGGAGGAUUACUUUGCUUUUCGGAACUUCCUUUACCUGCGCCUUGAUGGCACCACCAAGUCUGAAGAUCGUGCGGCUCUGCUGAAGAAAUUCAAUGAACCUGGGUCCCAGUAUUUCAUUUUCUUGCUGAGCACACGAGCUGGGGGCCUGGGCUUAAAUCUUCAGGCUGCUGACACGGUGGUCAUCUUUGACAGUGACUGGAAUCCUCAUCAGGAUCUGCAGGCCCAAGACAGAGCUCACCGAAUUGGCCAACAGAACGAGGUCCGGGUGCUGAGGCUCUGCACUGUGAACAGUGUGGAGGAAAAGAUUCUUGCAGCUGCAAAAUACAAACUGAAUGUGGAUCAGAAAGUUAUCCAGGCGGGCAUGUUUGAUCAGAAGUCAUCAAGCCAUGAGCGGAGGGCAUUCCUGCAGGCCAUACUGGAGCAUGAAGAGGAAAAUGAGGAAGAAGAUGAAGUACCUGACGAUGAGACCCUGAACCAGAUGAUUGCUCGACGGGAAGAAGAGUUUGACCUUUUUAUGCGUAUGGACAUGGACCGGCGAAGAGAGGAUGCCCGGAACCCAAAGCGCAAGCCUCGUCUGAUGGAGGAAGAUGAGCUGCCCUCCUGGAUUAUUAAGGAUGAUGCUGAAGUGGAAAGGCUCACCUGUGAAGAAGAGGAGGAGAAAAUAUUUGGCAGGGGGUCUCGCCAGCGCCGGGACGUGGACUACAGUGACGCCCUCACAGAGAAGCAGUGGCUCAGGGCCAUUGAAGACGGCAAUUUGGAAGAAAUGGAAGAGGAAGUACGGCUUAAGAAGAGAAAAAGACGAAGAAAUGUGGAUAAAGAUCCUGUGAAGGAAGAUGUGGAAAAAGCUAAGAAAAGAAGAGGCCGCCCUCCCGCUGAGAAAUUGUCACCAAAUCCCCCCAAACUGACAAAGCAGAUGAAUGCCAUCAUCGAUACUGUGAUAAACUACAAAGACAGGUGUAACGUGGAGAAGGUGCCCAGUAAUUCUCAGUUGGAAAUAGAAGGAAACAGUUCAGGGCGACAGCUCAGUGAAGUCUUCAUUCAGUUACCUUCCAGGAAAGAGUUACCAGAAUACUAUGAAUUAAUUAGGAAGCCAGUGGAUUUCAAAAAGAUAAAGGAGAGAAUUCGUAACCAUAAGUACCGGAGCCUGGGUGACCUGGAGAAAGAUGUCAUGCUUCUCUGUCACAAUGCCCAGACCUUCAACUUGGAGGGAUCCCAGAUCUAUGAAGACUCCAUUGUCCUACAGUCAGUGUUUAAGAGUGCUCGGCAGAAAAUCGCCAAAGAAGAAGAGAGUGAGGAUGAAAGCAAUGAAGAGGAGGAGGAAGAAGAUGAAGAGGAGUCAGAGUCAGAGGCAAAAUCUGUUAAGGUGAAAAUCAAGCUCAAUAAAAAAGACGAGAAAGGCCGGGACAAAGGAAAAGGCAAAAAAAGGCCAAAUCGAGGCAAAGCCAAACCCGUUGUGAGUGAUUUUGACAGCGACGAGGAGCAGGAUGAGAACGAACAGUCAGAAGCCAGCGGGACUGACGAUGAGUGAGCCACGUGGAUCUGCUCUAACCGUGGUAGAACUGAAUAACUUCCUCCCUUCUCUCUUUUCUCCCCAGUGAGUUCACUUGUCAUUUGGGCACUGGGUUAUUUCUACAUCCUCAUUGUCAUCUAUAAACUAGCUUUAGGAUAGUGCCAGACAAACAUAUGAUAUCAUGGUGUAAAAAAGCGCGCGUGCACAUACACACACACACACACACACACACACACACACACACACAAAUAUUUGUAACAUAUUGUGACCAAAUGGGCCUCAAAGAUUCAAAGAUUAAAACAAACAAAAGCUUUUGAUGGAAAAGAUGUGGGUAGAUAGUAUAUUUCUAUGGGUGGGUCGAAUUUGGUAACGGAUUGAUUGUACCUGGUUUUAUCACCUGUUCUGACAGGCAGAUUUUUGUCUUUUUGUAGCACUGAUAACCAGGAGAAGCCAUUAAAAGCCACUGGUUAUUUUAUUUUUCAUCAGGCAAUUUCUGAGAUUUUUAUUUGUUCAGUAUUGUUUUUUUUUUACACUGUGGUACAUAUAAGCAACUUUAAUAGGUGACAAAUGUACAGUAGUUAGAUUUCACCUGCAUAGACAGUUUUCCAUUUUAUGCUCUAUGAUCUGAAGAACAAAAAUGCUUUUUGACUUGUAUAAGAUUUAUGUCUACUGUAAACAUUGCUUAAUUUUUUUUCUUUUUUGCUCUUGGUUUUUAAAAACAGAGUUUUGUUGAAAACGCUAUUGAAUAUUGCAAUCUGUAGAGUGUACUGGAUAGCUUCUUUGUCUACCCGAUCUCCUACGUUGCCAAUGUGUAUUGUCUCCUUCGCCCCAAAGUGUACUUAAUCUUUGCUUUCUUUGCACAAUGUCUUUGGUUGCAAGUCAUAAGCCUGAGGCAAAUAAAAUUCCAGUAAUUUCGAAGAAUGUGGUGUUGGUGCUUUCCUAAUAAACCAAUAAUUUACCUUGACA